GGGAAAAAGGGGGGGGAGGGAGUCGUUUGCUGCCGUGAAGAAGCUGGCCGGCAGUCUCGCGAAAAGGGCGUCCCUCAGCGAGACAGAGAAUCCGGAGAGUUCUGAAGAUGGAGCGGCUCCAGAAACUAGAGAUGGGCAGAGAAGGAUCUCGGCGUACUUUACGCCGUCGCUCAAGAAGCGGUCGUCCAAGGAUGAAGAGUUGAGCUCUCCAGCAAAAGUGGUAGAGGAGAGAUCAGAUUCUGCGGCAGAGCGGCAGGUGGCUGUAGAGCAGGGGGGACAGGUGGCGGCGCCAGAGGAAGGACGGGUGGCGGCGGAGGGUUUGCCAGCGGCGGACGGUGUAGAAGGUUGUAUCGACUUGUUGAAGAACGACGAUUGCGAAGCAGGGUUUUGCGGAAGAGGGGGAGAACAGGAACAGGGCAAUGUCACCACCGCCAGCGGUCCCAAUGCUUUUGGAAAUGGGGGCCCUUCGAUGAAUGGGUUAGACAGCAAACAUGCAGGGCAUGACAUUCAAGAACCAAGGAUGCUGUCCCCUGGGGAGUUCUUACAAGAUGCCCACGAGCCCCCCCGAACACAUCAAGCAACAGGGAUUGGGCUCAGCUUGAGUAGAGGGUUGCAACACUGUAGAAAUGAGCCCGAAAGCGGAAUUGGGGCUCAGGAGGGCACGAACGGGCCCGCUUCUUAUGCGGGCGCAAAGGGGUCCAUUGACCCAGGUGCAAUGGAGGCAGGACUCAGCACUGUACUGGACACGCAGGUGCCGGUUGAUAGGUCAGCCGGUUCAGCUUUAGGAGGUCCUAGGGAGCCAGACACGCGAAUGCAGGAAGAGAUGAGUGUAGAGACAAUGGCCACACACCUCCAAAACGCCCCCCUUCCGAUUUCGGCAUCGAGGGGGGUCGCCGCCGAUCUUUUGGUUUGUGCCCCCACAGAAAACGCGCCUUCAGAGUUGCUUGCGUCCAAACCCCCCUUUGUGGGCUCGUGCUCACCUAAGGAGAAAGCAGCCGUGUUUGCUAUGGACAAAACCCAGUUCAAUUGUUCUUCAAAGGAACCAGACCUUCUUACGGAAUCUGAGAUCGACGCCAGCGUUCCUCUGUCCGAGCGGACCCUCGUGUCCAGUCCCUUACAGAAACCAAUAUCCAAGAUGACCACAGCCCCAGCACUUACCCCGUCAAAUCUAGCAGUAGGGUUAGAAGUAGCUCCUGAUUUGGGCAGACCCGCAGAACUUUCUCUAGACGCCAUCGACGAAAUGUGCGCGGCGCUGCUGGCAGACAUCGAAGACCUGCCCACCACGGUGCCCUUCCUCGGGGCAUCCCCCGAACCCUCCCCUGGGGGAUCCCCCGAGUCCCCUCAGAAGGCCCACAGAGCCAUCAAACCCUCGGAAACCUUCCCCACCCAGUUGGAUCGAGAACUCUCUUCCUCAAACGCACUGACUGAGGUGACAGUCAUUGAGGGGCUAGUAGAGCAGGCACUGUUCGCAGAGCCGUCAGAAAGUGCGCCCAAUCAACUCGAGGCGACAACUCUCCCCACUCCCUCAAGCCCGGCAGUCGAGGUUUGGGUAACGGAGAGAAACCUCGAGCAAACCGUGUGUGCGGUGCCAAGUACGUCUGAGGCAGAAGUGGCGGAAGCCCAGUGGCGGCGGAAGUUGGGGGAGAGGCGCCGGAGGGGCCGGAUGUCGGUCACUGACGUGUGCGCACUCGAGUGGUGCGAAAUGCAAGUGGACUUCAGUACCAGGGUGGGCAAGCCCGCUCCGACCCCGGUAAUGCAGGCCGGGACUGCCCGGCACGAGCAACUAGAGCGGGAGGUGAUCACCCGGGUGGAAGUCCCGGUCGCCACCCGGGAGGACGCCUGGGCGCUGAAGCUGCUGAACAUGAUCACCGGGCUGCGCCAGCUGGCAACCGAGGGGAUGACCCGGGAACUGUACAUACUUGGCCGCCUAGAGGGUCACUGGGUCGUGGGCAUCAUCGACGAGCUGCGGCUGAUCGAGCGAGACGGGGGCCCGCGGACGCUGCUGUGCGAUACGAAAACGCGCCGGACGCUCAAGCCGCCGUCCGAUGCCCAAAAACGGACUGGCAUGCUCCAGCUUAUGUGCUACAAGCUUCUGUUCGACGGGCUUCUCUCGGCAGCUCCCUUCCCGGCCGAGGCCUUCUUCGGUCACUUCGCGCUGAAUGCGCGCGCGCCCCUCUCGGCUGACGUCGCCGAGCACGCGGCCGCCGAGUGCGCCCUCAACGUGGCAACGUUGGGUGACGUGCUGGACGGCCUGGUCGCGGAGUGCUGGGACACGCCCCCGGCUGACGACACUUUGUUGCUCAGAUAUGAGUGGCAGGAGCGGCGCACCGUUUGGGCGGAGGACGAGUUCGACUUCCAGGAUGAGUGGGCCCGAGAGCGGGUAGCCUGGCACCUAGACUACUGGUUCGGCCGCAGGCGCCCGGAGGUAGUCCCCGAGGACGAGCGGUGGAAGUGCCGGUUCUGCGCGUUCCGGGACGCGUGCGAAGUGGGCAGAAUGGUGCAGAGCGAAAACGGGUUACGCCGAAUUGUAGAGAAGUGAGGUACAGAACGGUGUUGCCUGCUCUUGGGGAGAGUCGGGCUGACCACAGCUGUGGGCAGAAGCAUUAUUUUUAGCAGGUCUGAUUUGAUGAAAGGUAUUCGUUUGCGGGAACAGAGAUGGCUCGGUUUCCAUGCAGCGGAAAUGCACUCAGAUUAGUCUAGCGCAUGGUAGCGGUGCAAGGCUGUGUUCAAGCUGCGCACCGUCUCACCGGUCGCAAGGGCGGCGCACAGAACGGCCAGAGGUGUAACGAGUUCCUCGAAUUUGGCAUGUUGCCGGGCCAUCAUUUCGUGAUUUGCGGCAGGG